AUGUCAUUCCCGGAGACGCGUAAAAACGCUCGCUCCUUUUGCUCUUCCGCCUGCUCCAACACUGAAGCCUGUGCCGGCUGGCGGGAUACUUCCCCAACACUCUCGGUGACCGAUGAAAACAUCUGGAAGGCUCAACAACAGGACCCUUUCGCCCAAGACCUGUAUCAGCAAAUUGUGGAGAAAGGAGAGGUUAAUGAGACCUCCACAGUCAAAUCCAACUCAAAAUUUUUCCUUUCACUGCUGCCAAUUGAUGGAGGAAAGCUACAGCAGGAGGAUCCAACCGCUGCUAUAGAAAAGAGGAGGGAAGUCGUAAUCCGAGGCCUAAUUGAAUACAUGGGGGAGAAGCCAGGAGACUUGAUUUCAGAUCUACAGAGUCUGGAGGAAACUGAAGACACUCGGCAGAAUAUCGCCUAUCCAGUGAAGAUUGUCAAAGUUGGUGACACACUCAGUGUCAACGCUGCGCCUCCUUCUGACGUCAAAGUGUCACAUAAGCAGCGCCCACCUUCUGACUCAGAGUCAAAGCUGCGCCUCCUAUCUGACUCAGUGUCAAAGCUGCUGCCUCCUUCUGAUGAUGGGGUGGAAGAACCAGACUGUCUGACCUGUCUCCCCAGAAAAGAGCUCUCAAAACUGGGCUUUGAGUGGACCGUUCACAGCCUAAGAACCAGGGGUCCUUUUCCACCAGUCUCCAGCGUUCUGGGCAGUGUUCUGGAAAGUGUUCUGGGCAGUGUUCUGGACAGCGUUCUGGACAGUGUUCUGGACAGCGUUCUGGACAGCGUUCUGGACAGCGUUCUGGACAGUGUUCUGGGCAGUGUUCUGGACAGCGUUCUGGACAGCGUUCUGGACAGUGUUCUGGACAGCAUUCUGGGCAGCGUUCUGGGCAGCGUUCUGGACAGCGUUCUGGACAGCGUUCUGGACAGCGUUCUGGGCAGCGUUCUGGACAGCGUUCUGGACAGCGUUCUGGACAGCGUUCUGGACAGUGUUCUGGACAGCGUUCUGGGCAGCGUUCUGGACAGCGUUCUGGACAGCGUUCUGGGCAGCGUUCUGGACAGCGUUCUGGACAGCGUUCUGGACAGCGUUCUGGACAGCGUUCUGGACAGCGUUCUGGACAGCGUUCUGGACAGCGUUCUGGACAGCGUUCUGGACAGUGUUCUGGACAGAGUUCUGGACAGUGUUCUGGACAGUGUUCUGGACAGCGUUCUGGACAGCGUUCUGGACAGCGUUCUGGACAGCGUUCUGGACAGAGUUCUGGACAGCGUUCUGGACAGCGUUCUGGACAGCGUUCUGGACAGCGUUCUGGACAGAGUUCUGGACAGUGUUCUGGACAGUGUUCUGGACAGCGUUCUGGACAGCGUUCUGGACAGCGUUCUGGACAGAGUUCUGGACAGAGUUCUGGACAGCGUUCUGGACAGAGUUCUGGAGGGAAGAGAGCGUUUUGGGGCGAGGCUUCUCUGUUCAACUCAACACAACUCAGAGCGGAGAGGGAAGGACACAGCGGCCGAGGUGGAAGGAAAAAAGUUUAAAACACGCUUUAAUUAG